AUGGCUUCCAAGAAGACCAAGCCUACCGCCGCUGGCGACGACAUUGACGAUCUCUUCGAGGGCAUUGGGGACAACGCCGUCCCCAAGAAGUCGCUCGAGAAGAAGCCCAAGCCCACCACCGCCGCGUCCAAGGCCAUGGCCGACCAAGAUAUCCUGGCCGAGCUCGAGAAGGACCUCGAGCAGCCCUCCCGCCCUCACACGCCCCGUCUUAAGGAGCCGGCCGCCAAGGGUCUUCCCAAGCGCUCUGCGACGCCCACCACCGACGACAAGUCCGCCGCACCCCGCAAGUCGACCGACAGCGCACGAUCGCUCCGCGCGAGCUUCACCCCGAGCGCUACUAGCUCCGAUCUGCAAGAAACCGAGAAGAAGCCGGCCGAGCAACCCGCUUCCGCCUCGUCCGCCGCCGCGCCCGAGGCUGCCCCAGCUGCUGCUGCCGCCGCUGGCGGUGGAUGGUGGGGAGGCAUCUUCAACACGGCGACUGCCGCCAUGAAGCAGGCCGAGGCCGCGGUCAAGGAGAUCCAGAAGAAUGAGGAAGCCAAGAGGUGGGCCGAGCAGGUGCGAGGAAACGUCGGCGGUCUCAGGGCUCUGGGAGACAACCUUCGCCAGCAAGCUCUUCCGACGUUCACGAACAUCCUCCACACCAUCGCUCCCCCCAUUAGCUCCCACGAACGGCUGCUCAUUCACAUCACCCACGACAUGGUCGGGUAUCCUUCGCUCGACCCCUUGAUCUACGGCACCUUCUCGCGCGUCAUGUCCCAGGUGGAGGGCGGCGAGCUGAUGGUCAUCCAAAGGGGCCAGGAAAACACCAGCCGGAGACACUCCAACGACGGUGGCGCGGGCUGGAGAGACGGCCCUUGGUGGAGACAGUCCGACUCUCCCAGAGACCUUGGCUUGAUCAAGGGACUGACCGAGGGCACAAAGCUUUGCCGUGCUGGCGCCGAAGGCUAUGCCAACGAGUACUUUGGUGCUCAUGGCGGUAUUGAGAAAGCCAGGAUCCGGGCUACCGAACCGUUGAGCGAGGACAACCCGGUGCGCAGCUCCGACCUGUUCCUCGCCAUCCAGGCGGUGGGAACCACGUCUGACUCAGCCCUCUUUGCCCGUAAGGCAGCCGUCGAGAAGGAGAAGGAGGCCUCGGCCGUGGCCGAGCAGGACGAGGCGGAUGAGAUGGUUUGCUUCGCCGUCUUCUGCUUGGACCCGGUGCACGAGAUCGAGUACUCGACCAUCAGCCAGACCAUCCCGGCCAAGUGGAUCCGCUGGCUGGACGCCUCCAACCCGCUGACCCCCGCCAGCGGCGACGAUGGCCAGGAACCCUCUCUGAACCAGUCGAUCCCCGAUGAGAUCCGCGAGAUUGUUGAGAGCGGCGGCGUCGACCCCCGCGAGUGGGUUGCCGAGUGGAUUGAGGAGCUGUUGGGCCUCGCCGUUGGCGUUGUUGCGCAGAGAUACGUCGCCAGGAGGAUGGGCGUCGGUGAGGGAGGCAUUGGCAAGGGCAAGAGAAGAAUGGACGACCUCGUCCAGGAUGGCGGCGGCGAGGCGGCGCGGGCCGGCCUGAUCUGA